GUAUCGUCCUAGAUGAAGUCCAUUAGGAAGGCCAGAUCCUACGUGUUGGCAUCGUCCCGUAGUGCCGUUAAAGCUCAUUAAAGACUCAAUAAUGGCUGAAGGUGAUGAGAUGAAAAGGCGGGCCGUGUCUGGCUUCUGUGUAUUUUGAAGUCAGCAGUUUAUACGUCAUCUGGUUUCAUCUCAGCCUCCCUCAUUUCACUCCUCUUUUCCGUCAGAUUUUUUUAAGCUGUCAGUAUGAGGAGAGAUAUGUGUGGGGGAUCCCUGCUGGCAUUUCUUCAGCAGAGCUAGUGAACGUCUUCAGAGGAGAACCUUCGGAUCAGGCAAGACAAAGCAGGGCGGUGAAACUCAACAGCUAAAAGCAAAGGAAGGCAUUUGUAAUCUAGCAAGAACCAGGAGCACUUCCAUGGUAGAAAAAGGUCAAUGGUGCUUGCAAACUGUUAGUCGAGAAGAAAUUAACACCUUGAACGACAUGGGAUUUUUGCUGGCCUUCGAGAUGGGAUGCUUGCCUUCAAUGAUCCUCUUUCUACUUUUACAUUUCAAAGGUGUGUGUGGGCAGCAGGCCUUUAAGACAGAGCCACGUAAUAUGACGGUCAGGGCGGGGGCCACAGCUCUGCUCAAGUGUGAAGUGCUGAGGGCCUCUGGGGCCGUGCAGUGGGUUAAAGACGGGCUGCUCUUGGGACCCCAGAGAUCGCUUCCCGGCUAUUCACGCUACAGCAUGACAGGAGACCAGCAGAGAGGCCAGUACCAUCUACAGAUUCUAAACGUGAGUUUGGAGGAUGACGGCCCCUACGAGUGCCAGGUGGGCCGAUCCGUGAGCAGCCGCCCCAUUGUGUCCCGUACGGCAUGGCUCAACGUGCAGAUUCCACCUUCACAGCCUUACAUCCAGCUGGAUUCUGAUGAACCAUGGGUGGAAGGAGAGAAGUACACGGUGACCUGCGUCGCUCCUGACGCCAAACCUCCUGCAGAAAUCGCCAUGUUCAAAGAUGGAGAGGAGCUGACCGAAACCGAUUCUUUCACCAUGCCGGGCUCGCAGGAUAAGCUGCUGAACACAAAUACCGAAGUCACCAUUAACGCGAAGAGCUCAGAUGACGGGCGACGGUUGACGUGCCGAGCGAAGAACCUGGCUUCUCCCCGAGCUCUUGAGACCAGCAUUACCAUGAGGGUAUACUUCCCACCACAUGAUCCGGUGAUAGUUGGGUUAGAACAUGGAGAGGUAAAAGCUGGGACCCUUCUCCGUGUGGUUUGCAUGUCUUAUGGGGGAAACCCUUUGGCCACUUUGCAUUGGACUAAGAAUGGUGAGGUUCUGUCCACUAGUUGGGAGGUAGACAGCAUUUCACGUAAGUCCAGCAGCGUAUUAAAAAUGGAGGUGAAGCCAGAGGACAACCAUGCUGUGCUACAGUGCGAGAGCGUCAAUCUAGUGUCCCGUUCACCGAUGUCCCUAACUCGUACCCUUACGGUUUUAUUUGAACCAGACACAGUCACAUUACUGGGCUCGUUCGAAGCCGUGGAGGGACAGAUGAUAAAUUUGAUGUGUUACACUUCCUCCAGUAAUCCGCCAGUACAGAUCCGCUGGUGGCUCGGGUUCAAGGAGCUCAACCAAACUGACUACACCAUCUCUGAGGGAGAUAAUGGUGGAAUGACGACAAUAUCUAACCUGACACAUAAAGUCUCACGUGAGGAUAACAAUCUUUCCCUCACCUGUGAGGCGUUUAACAAAGGCACUCGCUUCUCCAAGGUCCAAUCAGAACAGCUCAUCGUCUACUAUCCCCCUCAAAAGGUUUGGUUGGAUGCUCCUCCACCGGACCGCUUCUUGCACUCCGGCACAACAUUUCGUCUAGUUUGUUUCUCCACUGGUGGGAAUCCCACAGGGACACUGACGUGGUUGAAGAAUAGCAAAGUUGUGCCGACAGCUUCGAAGCAGGUAUCUUCACAGCGUGGGGUGUCACGAGAGCUUCUUCUCACCCUUCAGCCCAGUGACAAUCUGGCCAUCUACCGAUGCGACUCGUCCAACAAGGCCAAGAAAGUUAUCUCUGCUCAAACGAAACUCAGGGUUCUGUUUCCAGCUAUAAGCGUGAAGAUUGUGGCCAAGCAGAAGGAACUACGCAAGGGGGAGACGCUUCAUCUGGAGUGCCUGGCUGGGAGCAGCAACCCUACCGCGAAUAUCAGCUGGAGCCUUGGCCCUGUCAAACUUCAAGGAGUUGAUCAGGCUCCUAAAAAGGCAGAGUAUGGUGGGAUGUCCAGGACCAGCAAGCUGUCACUUGUUCUCGACUCCCUUCACAACGGGAAACGGAUCACCUGUCAGGCUUUCAGUGAUGUGCUUUCCGAAGGUGUCAACAACUUCUAUACUCUUGAUGUCCUCUUUCCUCCCGAGUUCUCUGAUGAGCAGCCUGAUCAGGUCCAGGUGAUUGAAGACGAGACCGCCACACUUCCUGUCAAAGUCUCGGCCAAUCCGGACGCAAUCACCUGCGAGUGGAUUUUCCAGGGAGAGAAGCUUGUGAAAGAAAGAGAUCCCCGGUAUCGCUUUGACGAUUGGAGCCUGGAAAUCGUGAACGUGUCUCGUCGAGACGCGGGCGAUUACAUCAUCGAGUGUUCCAACUCUGAGGGAAAAUACCGCACAAAACUCAAACUGGAUGUGCAGUAUGCCCCGACUGUUCAUAUGAAGACUGAUCCAGUAUCCGUAAACUUGGGAGAAACCGCUGACUUGCUCUGUGUCGCCGAUGCCAAUCCCAUCACCUCGAAUAUGUUUUCGUGGAAGUGGAUGGGUGAAGAGGAAAUUGAAGAUAUAGGAGAGCAGAACGAAGAUGAAGGAACUGGCGUUUUAACCAUAUACGAGGUGACCCGUGAGAGGGCAGGAUUUUACAGGUGUACAGCAGACAAUGGCAUAGCGCCCCCUGGCAGCGUGGAGGGACAACUCAUCGUGCGCUUUUCCCCAGAGCUCCAGAAGGGGCCGCAGUGGAGAAAAGUGGCCAGCAGGGGGGACGGCAGCAACGAUGCGAGUGUGGUGUGCCAGGCGGAGGGCGUUCCUCGGGUACACUUCACCUGGGCAAAAAACGGAUUCCUUCUGGACCUCGGUAACCCCAGAUACGAGGAGAAGACAGCAAAGGAAGGUGCCAUCCACACCAGCGUUCUGACCAUUGUAAAUGUAAGCGCAGCACUGGACUACGCCGUCUUUACCUGCACUGCUAUUAACAGCAUGGGACAAGACUCUCUGGACAUCCAGCUUCUGAGCACAAACCACCCCGAUCCUCCAUCAGAUCUGAAGCUUCUUCGUGUCAGCCACGACUCUGUAACUCUGGAAUGGAUGCCCGGGUUUGACGGAGGCUUGACGCAGAACUUUCGUGUCAGGUACCAGUGGGCGGGAUCUGUAAGCUACAUGUAUGUGGAUGUUUAUCCCCCGACAGCGACUGUUUAUACAGUCACGGGCCUGAAACCUUCGACAGUGUACAACUUCUCGGUCAAUGCACUCAACACUAUGGGAGAAAGUAGCUAUGCAGACAACAACAAGAUAUUGACGGUCACAACCACUGAGGUGGACUUUGCUGAUGGUGUCUCGCCAGCAGACGCGGACUCGACUCCUGCAGGUCCCAGUCUGCCUACACAUGUUGUGGUCAUACUGGUAGUGGUCGGUGUCCUGUUCUUGCUAAAUGCUUUGGGCUGCUUCCUAUUCGCCAGAUGGAAAAGAGGGCGGAGCCUGACAGACACCAAGAGCAUUUCACAGGACACUAAAAGCGAGGAGGAGAGGUCCACUGCGAGCGGCUCAACCCGCUACGCGAGCAGAGAGCUUAUCAACGCCGCGGCACGGCAAACACUCCUGAUCGACAGCAGCUCGGAGCCUGACAGCAGCGUCUACGAGAGCUUUGGACGGCAGGAUGGCUCACAUUAUUACUACCCGACCGAUGCCUACAGCCCCGUCCUUUACUCUCACGCUGAAGGCCCUGAAUAUCAAGAUGGCAGACACAACACAAGUCCUCUCUUUCAUGAGUAUGAGGAGGUGAGAGGUUGGGGUGUGUAUGAGGAGCUGCAGGGCCACUCGCUGCUGCCCCCCGCUGGCCGCAGUGAUCAUCGCACAACUCCCUCCAUCUACCACGGGGGACGGGCGUACGUUAAACCGGAUCUUGAAGUAACAGCCGGAGUUUAUGAUUCAAUGGCGUAUAGACGCAAAAGAGACUCGGACUUACCGUUUGAACUCAGGGGUGAGCUUGUUUAAUUUAAGUGAAGCUGAUAGACGCUCCGGUUUCGGUCAAUAUUGACCUGAUUCUGUUCAUGACUUGAUUUUUAAAAAGCUUUUGUGCCCAUGCAUGAGUUGUCUAGAAGGCGUUCUGUUUUCUUAAAACGUUUCAAUUUGUCCAUGAAUGUUUAAUUCAAAUUGUGUUCAAUUUCAAUAAAUGUCAUUUGUUUUUCA